AUGGACGACGCUCCCGUCCCCAAACUGUCGGAUCUGCUACGGCAUCCUGACGACCUCGACAAGAUACCCGCGCUGAAGCUCGAGCUGUCGCGCAAGAAGAGCGCCGUCGAUGGGCAGCUACGCAAUGGCCUCCGGGAGCAGCUCGAGACGACGCAGUCGGGCAUGAACGGCCUCAGCGACGGCCAGAAGGCGGUGCAGCAGAUUAAGGAGGAGAUGAUGAAGAUUGACAAGCUGUGCUCCGAGUCACAGACCAUGAUCAAGGACUUUGCCAGCAUCAACAUGGUGUCACAGGCGCACCGCAACUUUGGCGCCGUCGAGGCCAUGAGGCGCAACCUCGAAACGUUUAACGAACGCCUGGCCGUCGUCGAGCGGAUGCUGCGCGAGGACGACGACGACAACGAGAACAUGCCGAACCUCCUCCCGUGCCACUACGAGCUGACGCAGCUGCGCAACAUACGAGACGACGCCAUGGAGCAGAUCCAGAGGGCCGAGGACCCGAGCCUGGAGUCGACUCUAGAGGACUACUUCACACGGCUGGACGAUACGAUCGACUGGUUUGACGAGCACGUCGGUAUCUUGGCUAUGAACCUCAUCAACCUCGUCGUCAGCGACAACAACGGCCUGGUGGUUCGCUUUGCCGUCGUCAUGGAGGCGGAGGAGAAGAGUGACCAGCGCGUCAUGGCCCUGCAGGAGGCACUCAAGGACCACGAAGAGAUGGCAGCCCGUUUCCAAGGUAUUACCGACGGUGCUCGCAAGGUCCGCGGCUACAAGGACAAGUUCAUGCAGGCCAUCAAGGUCAGCGCGGAGCAGCAGUUCCAGCAGGCUCGAGAGGACUUUCUCGAUGACGCCGACGGCCUCGAGGCGGCGAUGAAGUGGUUCUUCAACGAUCUGAAUGCCGUCAAGAUUGGCAUGACGCCGCUCAUGCCGAAGAAGUGGCGGAUCGCAAAAACGUACGCCGACAUCUACCACGUCUUGAUGCACGACUUCUUGAUCGGCAUGGUGGACGACCCAGAAGCCAGCUCCGCGCACACGCUAGCCAUUGUCAGCUUUCCCGAGAAAUACUACAAGAAGAUGGCCAAGCUUGGCUUUAAACAGGAAGACCUGGUACCACACGUCAUCGACAACCGCGAGGCGGAGCUCGUUCGCGAUUUUCGACAGCUCAUUAUCAAAUUCCUCGACGAAUGGAUCGAUCGAAUUUUCGAACAGGAGAAGCGUGACUUUGCCGAGCGUAACACCGAGGGCUCCAACUUGGAUCAGGAUGAGUAUGGCUACUUCCGGACCAAGAACCUGGUUGCCCUGUGGAGGAUGCUGCGCGAGCAGGUCGAGGCGGCCAUCAACUCGCAGCGUGCAGACGUGGUCGAGGGUGUUGUUGACGCCAUGUUCCUACGGUUACGCAGCCGGCAGCAGUCGUGGCAGCGCAUGCUCGACGACGAGGCUGAGCGCUACGAGAGCGGCAGGAUCCCUGACCUGGAGGGUUUCCAGGCGCUGCAGGACUGGCUCGUGGCCACAGCCAACGACCAGAUCGCCGUCAUCGACGAUAACGAGGAGGAAAACCGGCUGGGCUACCUGUCGAGCUUCCGACAGCAGUUUGAGCGCAACGUCAGCCCGCAGUACCUCGAACGCACCGAGCAGGAGCUCAACGCCCUACGCGACGGCUACGUCGACUUCAGCACCUGGUGCAUCCACAAGUUCGCCCACCUCGUCUUCGUCGUCGACUUCAAGGUCGUCAUGCCCGACUUCUUCACCCCGAAAUGGUACACCAACACGGCCAUGAAGCAGAUGGUCGUCACUUUCGAGGAGUACGUCGGCGAGUACCGCCAGGCUCUUCACCACUCCCUCGUCGACAUCUUCAUUGAGAUCUUUGCCGACGAGCUGCUCGUGCGGUAUCUGUCAUCGGUGCGCAACAAGGGAGCAAAGUUCCGGCGCGUCGACCCCUUCCGGGAUAAGCUCUUCAACGAUAUCGCCACCGCCUUUGAGUACUUUUCCAACUUGGCCAGUCCGGAGGUUGCCAUGUCUAUCAAGGACACGUGGAGAGUCACGGAACACUUCUUGGCCUUGAUCUCCGUGGAUAAGGACUCCGUGGCAGACGCGUUUGCGGCGUUCAAGUCUGCGUACUGGGAUCUGCAAAUCAGCUGGGUCGAGGCUGUGCUGCGGUCCAGGGACGAUUUCGAACGAAGCAUGCUGAAUGCCGUCAAGGCGAGGGCGGCGCAAAUGGACGUCGUCAGAGGGCCGGAGACGGUCAUGGCCAAGAUUAAGUAA